ACGCAGAGUUGACGUUUCAGGAAGCGAGGCGCGUUUGGUUUUGUGGCAGCGUGAAUGACAGAGCGGACCUGAAUUUGCCCCGAAAAGUCGUUUUAGUUUGGUAGAGGUUUCAACCGUGCACAGACGAAGAAACGGGGUGAGAGUUUAUGUGUUUUUACGCAGACGUUGACUAACUUGAAAUUGUUGUAACGACUGUGAAGAGCCGAAGCUAACAGUGGGGUUAGCCGCGGAGCUAAAAGCCCAUGAAAGUGUUGCACACCCCCGGAACUGAGCAUCACUUCAAGCGGGGCUUAUCUUUCACUCCUCUGCUGUACGGUUCUGCAUAUAAUACAUCUAAUAAUGGAUUGCGGUUUUGGCAUGAAAAUUGUUUGAAUUGUAUGUCAUAUUUUAAGUAUAAUUUAAGUGUAACUUGCAAAAAUACGGUUUGCAUAAUGCGCUUCCUCUGUCACAAAAAGCGAAAUAAUAUCACUGAAUACUUCCUCUGUUUCCCCUCUACAGGAAUAUCAAAAUGUCUUCUCCUGAACCUAUCAUUAGAUCGAAGCAGACGGAGACAGAAGUCAAUGGAGUUUCAACACAAGUCAUCUGCACUGAGUUCAGUAAUUACAUAUUUAUAGUUCUGACUCAGUAUGGCAAAAUUGGGACAUUAGUAUCUGUGACACCUGACUCCAGAUCCAACGAUAUCAGCACCUCCACAAUCUCCACCAAAGUACUGCUGGGCAAAGAUGAGGUACGCUGGAUGAAUUUAAUCUGAUAAAAGUGUGAUUAGUGUGAUGUGAACUUGCCCACAGGAAACCAGGCGGGCUUGCUGCAACAAAGACUAUCUCAUUUUACGCUGUGAAAGGGCAGAUGAGAUUGGCUCUGAUUUUUGGUGGUUAAUAGACAGAAUAAGAUUUGCACUGGCAGGGAGCCCUGUAAGGUGAGGUUCAUACAAGGAAACCAUUUCCAGCUCUGAAUGACACAACACAUCACAAAAUUCACCAAAGUAAAUUGAUUUUGAAGCUCUAAAGAUUUAAAUAAUUGUUUAUGUGAGAAAAUCACUAUUUUCAUUGAAACACUUUUUUUUUUUUUUUAAAUGUAUCAGUUUUUUAACAGAACUGCUUUGUACAGUUUAAUAACUUAUCAUAUUUCUGUUUUCAGCCACUGACUCACGUCUGUGCCAAAAACCUGGCAACCUUUGUGUCACAAGAAGCCGGUAACAGACCUGUCUUGCUGGGACUGGCUCUGAAGGAUUUCUCCUUGGAAGCAAUAAAACAAAUGAAAGACGCCAUCAAAAGUUGCCAAGUCUGGUAGAAAGUCAAGAAAGUGGAUCAAGGAUUUGAAGGGACAGAUCUUCUGAAUACCUCCAGUGGUAAAUCAUGCUGAUAUUUCAGCAACUACAAAUACAGAGGCAGUCCGAACACACACACACUUGGUUCUUUUUGACUCCUUACUCAAAGCCCACCAUUAAUUUGAAAAACCCAAAAAAAACUGACCGAAGACAGUAAUAUGAUUAAAUUGUAUUUAUUUUUUUACUGGUGAGACAUUUUGAAAUGUUGGGAAAUCUUAUUAAUAUCUAUCUGGUUGUAAAGAAGGAUUUUCUGCAAGCCAUACUUUUCUAAAAAGAGACUGUGCUUUGAGUUGAGUCAUAGUAUGUGAAAUGAUGACCAAUAAUUUAAAAUCCAUCAUUGUUCCAAAUGUGUUCUCGUGUGUCUAAAUUCUGUUUUGUACUUUGCAAUACCAGUUAGUAAUAUCAACAUUUGUAUUUGGUUGUGAAGAAAAUAAUUUGUUCUAUGAAUAAAAAAGAAGUCAAAUGUGUUGUUACUGUGAGCCUUUUGUUUUU